CCGGCACAAAUACCAGACCAGGGGUCCUUAAGAGGAAUGCGGAAACACAGCUCCGAAAAUAUUGUACGUUAGAAGAUUCAAGGAGUCACAGAUUAUGAUCCGUUGGAAUGGAAGAAAACCAGUGCCUGCAUGCGAGUCGUCUGCUACAAGAUGAAGACUCUUUAAUCGAAGGGGUUAGCAAUCCCGUCCUCUUCGUUGUUGUGUUGAGCGUCACCUUUCUGGGUGGAUUGGCUACGCUGCUGUGCAGGAAUGAACAACAACAGAGAAUCCACCCAGAAAAUCAAGAGCAUGUACGGGCAGUUCGACAGCAGCUACAGACAGAUCAGGAGACACCGCCAGAUCCAGAGCCCAGGCACCAGUUCUACACGGACAUGUCAUGUCCUGUGUGCCUGCAGCAGGCCUCUCUACCGGUGGAAACCAACUGCGGCCACCUCUUCUGUGGCUCCUGCGUCAUUGCAUACUGGCGCUAUGGGACGUGGCUUGGGCCAAUCAGCUGUCCCAUAUGUAGGCAAACGGUGACGCUGAUUUUUCCGCUCUUCCACGGGACGGAGCAGGCUACCCCCUCCGAGCUUCCGGAUGAUGGGCAGCCCGAGGCCAACCUCGUCCUGCAGGACCUCACGGACUACAACCGCAGGUUCUCCGGACAGCCCAGAUCACUGAUGGACCGCUUGCGGGACGUGCCCACGUUGCUGCGCCACGCCUUCCGGGAGAUGUUCUCGGUGGGCGGUCUGUUCUGGAUGUUCCGGCUGCGUAUCCUGCUGUGCCUGGUGGGGGCGCUCACGUACCUGGCCUCGCCCCUCGACUUCAUCCCCGAGGCGCUCUUCGGCCUGCUGGGCUUCAUGGACGACUUCUUCGUCAUCCUCCUCCUCUUCAUCUACAUCUCCAUCAUGUACCGCGAGGUGGUCACCCAGAGGCUGGGCGGAGGAGGAUGAUGUGUGAAGAGACACAAACACACACACACACACACACACACACACGUGCAUACGCACACACACACAUGCAUGCAUACGCACGCAUACACACACACCACAAUACAGCACCUGCACUCAUUUAUACACACACACACACACACACACACACACAAGCGCACUCAUGGAUACAUCAUAGCUCCCUCUUGCAUCCGGUCCGAGACUUUGGUAGAAAAGGCUGAGUGUGCUGGGUCUUCCCACCUCAUGAGGCCUGUGGCCUGGUGUGUGGCAUGUGUGUGUGUGUUGGCGGAUGUGGCGCGUGACUUGAAUCUUCGUCAGGGUUCUAGUUAGCUUUGUUUUUUUUUUAUUAUUGCUGCACUGUGUGUGUCGUGUGUGUGUGUGUCGUGUGUGUGUGGGUGUGUGUGUGCUGCAUGGCCAUCAUCAUACUUGGCAUUCCCUACACAAACAGUCCCAUGACAACGGAUCAGAAUUUCUCGUUGGGCUUAGGACGUGUGGACGGACUUUCGGCUUGUGUGUGGCAGUGUGCUAUUGCGGACGGAUGUCAGUACUCGAGAAAAGAAUGUCGAUAAUAAUGACGUCGUCAUCUCAAGUGCCCUCAACUAUAUAUUUUUUAAGCUGAGGGCCGUGGAAGAAGGUGAAAGUGCAGUAGCCUUGAGUUGAACUCCAACAUAUCAAUUUAACAUGGCGACUUUAAAGGAAAUGCAAUAUGUGCAUGUGCAGGUGUCCUGUCCAGGUCCUGGCGUGUGUAAUACCUGUUCUGAGCCCUGAUCUCAACUGGAAAUGUGCUCUUGUGUAUGAGACUUAGGAAACGAGGAGGGAGAAACUGUACUGUUCAAGAGCCCAGCCUGUGCGCUCGUUCAGAUGUCCAGUGUGACAGGUCCUCAGACGGACGUCAUGUUCAUUAUUGUGUUGUCUGUCAUGUGGUGGAAUAGGAUUUUUUUGUUGAUGCCUUUUCUUUGAGUCCAUUUUUAUUGUUUCCUUCAGUCAGCUGCCCCACUCCUCCUUGUCCUUUUAUCUUGCUGUUUCUUGACUUAUUUUCUUUUUCCCUCUUUUCUCUUCUCUCCCCCUCUCUCUCUCUCUCCACUCUGCUCUUACUCUCUUUAUCAUGUCUUCCUCCUCUCUUCUCUUUGUUAUGUUUAUGUUGAUGUUUAGCUUUAAUUGUUAUUGUUUUAAGAAGAUGGAUGCCAGACUGUGGUAAUCUAUCCAGUUGCCUUGAGCUAAACCUUUGUGUGUAUGUCCUUCCCUGCCCGUUGUCGUUGGGUGCCAAACCAAGAGCUUUCCCUUCCUCACACAAUCUCAGGAUGUCACCUUUCUGUCGUGCACAACUUCACGGUAAUCUCUUCAAGCCUGAACCACACUUCAGCUAUUCAGCAGUGUGUCUAUGAAUGGGUAGUUCAAAACUUGCUAUAAGCUAAUUAUUUGCCAAAACUGGUCAUAUCAUUUCAAAUCAUCGCUCAGUGUUGGCGUGCCAUACACUUAGAGGCAUGGAAGUUUAUUUGCGCUCGCUUGUAUUACAGAUUCCGGAGAGGCAACUCGCGAAACAAACCCAAAAACAUCUCUGUGGCUGGCACCUAGUGUAGAGUCCUCUUAAAGGGAAACGUGUUUUCUUAAAAAGAAAAAAAGGAAUCAUUGCACUAUUAUGAAUUUCUUUUUAUUGACCUAGAAUGUACAAUGUGUCAGAUACAGAAUAAAUGUUUACAGUAUUUUUCCUCAAGAGAAAAACCUCAGUUUUUUGUGAGUCGAAAUGCUCCCUUGCAGGCUGACAGCUCUAUCUAUACUAGCCAGUGGUGACGGGAUCAGUGAUUAAAUUAUAAUAACUGGCUCAUAUACUCCCAUUACCUUAAAUAUGAACAUGUUUGUUAUCCUCUCAAGGAAUAAAAAUUAUAACGGUAUAUUCAA